AUGGAACUAAGGAACAAUGUGACUGAAUUCAUCCUCUUGGGGCUCACCCAGAGCCUUCAGGGCCAGAAAAUAUUAUUUGUCUUAUUCUUUCUCAUCUACAUGGUCACAAUGGUGGGCAAUCUCCUCAUUGUUGUGACUGUGGUGGUUAGCCCAACCCUCGAUGCCCCAAUGUACUUCUUUCUUGGCUACUUAUCAUUUAUGGAUGUUGUUUAUUCUACUUCAGUUACUCCAAAUAUGUUUAUAGACUUACUCUAUGAGAAGAAAACCAUUUCAUUUAAAGCUUGCAUGACUCAGCUUUUUAUAGGACACUUAGUUGGUGGUGCUGAGAUUUUACUUCUGGUGGUUAUGGCCUAUGACCGAUAUGUGGCAAUCUGCAAACCUCUGCAUUAUAUGACUAUCAUGAACCAACAAGUAUGUGUUCUGCUUGUAUUGUUGGCCUGGGUUGGAGGUUUUGUGCAUUCUGCAGUUCAGCUUCCCCUUGUUUACAAUCUUCCCUUCUGUGGCCCCAAUAUUAUAGACCACUUCAUCUGUGAUUUGUACCCCUUAUUAAAACUUGCCUGCACUGACACCUAUAUCAUUGGUCUCAUUGUGGUUGCCAAUGAUGGGGCAAUGUGUGUGGUCAUCUUUACACUGUUGCUCAUCUCCUAUGGAGUCAUUCUACAUUCCCUGAAGAACCUUAGUCAGGAAGGGAGGCGCAAAGCCUUAUCCACCUGUGGCUCCCACAUCACUGUGGUGGUCCUCUACUUUGUCCCUUGUAUUUUCAUGUAUGUGAGACCUCCUUCCACCUUGCCCAUCGACAAAUCACUGACUGUGUUUUACACUGUCAUCACCCCUAUGUUGAACCCUUUAAUCUAUACUCUAAGAAAUGCAGAGAUGAAAAAUGCAAUGAAGAAGGUCUGGAUCAGAAAAUGCAAAUAA